AUACGAAAGUCAAACUUUUUGCAUGGCCUUAAUGUUUUAGUUUGUGGUAGUAACUAGCCUUGUUGGCGGCGAUGUGGGAGUUAGUGUGGGGCUUCUUGGGUUUUGUUGGUUUUUAUUGUCCUGGAGGUGGUUCUGUGGAGGGCCUAUAUUGUGCUUGUGGGUUGAGUACAGUGGCUGCUGGUGUUGUGGGUGUUGGGUGUUUGGGUGCAGCAAUGCUGGUUGUGGGUGUGUACCACAGGUAGUUUAUUAUACCUCAAUACCAUGAGAGCUAUGUGAAUUCUGUUUGGCUUGAUUUCAUUGUUGGAUUGGUUCAUUAUUGUAGUGUUAUGCUGUUUGAUUUGGUUGGAGUUUGGUUUGUGUGUGCUUAUGGAAUGUAUAGGGUUGACAAUGUUUUUAGGAUCUGUGGGAUCAGGUGUGAAUUUGAUGAGCAAUUUGUUUGGGUUUUAGGUUGAAGGGUUGAAGGGCUGGAAUGUGAGGUUGGGGUGGUGUUUGCUUGCACGUUUACCAUACUUGUGUGUGGACAGAACCAGUAAGGGGGGUGAAUUCGGGUGUGGUCUCCCUGAGGAUACCAGGUGUAGGAGGUGGUUUCAUAAGAGGAUGAACAAGAAGUUACAAGGAAUUGGGAUGGAGAACUGUCUUCACCAUGGUUGGUUGUUUUUUUUUUUUGGGGGGGCUUUCGUUCUUUAGAUGCAGUCUUCAUCCUAGUUAAGGCUCUACCAUCGUGUUUCACCGCGCAAGUGCUGGGUUUGGAGGUAGUUUCCAAGUACCCGUGAGUUAGGGGGAGGUGAUUGUUGAUUGAUGUUAUUUACGUAUUUGUCAAUAGUUAUUUCCAAUUAUCUCCUUUUCGUUGUCUAGAUGUCUAUAGAUGGAUUAGAGUCGGAAUAGGUUUCUCGGCUUUUCUGCGCUUUUUUCAAUGUGUACAUUGUCUUAUGCUGUAAUAUAAAAAUAAUUCUUUU